AUGAGUUUCCAUAAUAUGCUCAACAAGCUGUCGGGACAGCCCGAAAGCUACGAGAAAAAGUCCCACUACAAGUUCGGACGCACACUCGGCGCUGGUACGUACGGUAUCGUUCGUGAGGCCGACAGCAGCAAGGGAAAGGUCGCCAUCAAGAUCAUCCUGAAGAAGAAUGUCCGGGGCAACGAACGCAUGGUCUACGAUGAACUAGAGAUGCUUCAGGCUCUCGACCAUCCCAACAUUGUCCAUUUCGUCGAUUGGUUCGAAUCGAAGGAUAAAUUCUACAUUGUCACACAGCUGGCCACUGGUGGUGAGCUGUUCGACCGGAUUUGCGAGUACGGCAAGUUCACCGAAAAGGAUGCCUCUCAGACCAUUCGCCAGGUGCUGGGCGCCGUUCACUACCUGCACGAACGCAAUAUCGUUCACCGAGACCUGAAACCCGAAAACCUUCUCUACCUUGGUCCCGACCCCCAUUCCCCUCUGGUCCUCGCAGAUUUCGGUAUUGCCAAGAUGCUGGAUAGCCCGAGCGAGGUCCUGACCAGCAUGGCGGGCUCCUUCGGCUACGCCGCCCCAGAGGUCAUGCUCAAGCAGGGUCACGGUAAGGCCGUCGAUAUGUGGUCCCUCGGUGUCAUCACCUACACCCUGCUUUGCGGUUACUCCCCCUUCCGCUCCGAGAACCUGUCCGACUUGAUUGAAGAGUGCCGGAGCGGAAAGAUCAUCUUCCACGAGCGCUACUGGCGCGAUGUUUCCCAGGACGCCAAGGACUUCAUCCUCACCCUGUUGCAGCCCGAUCCUUCCAAGCGUGUCACAUCCGAUGAGGCCUUGAAGCACACCUGGUUGACCGGUGAAUCGGCCAGCGACCGCGACUUGCUGCCCGAGAUCCGUGCCUACAUUGCCCGCUCUCGUCUUCGCCGAGGCAUCGAAAUCAUCAAGCUGGCGAACCGCAUUGAGGCCCUCAAGAUGCAGGAAGACGAUGAGGACAUCCCCAGCCCGGUGGAAAUGGCAGAGAAGGCAUCUGGCACGACGCCCUUCCCUCAACUCUCGCCCAAUGGCAAGUCCGAUUCCGCGCCAGCGGAGGGCGAGGCGACCGGCACGAAGAAGCGCAGUCUGAGCAAGAUCGCCCGCGGCGCCAUCUUCCGUGAAGUUGUGCUCGCGAAGGUCCGUGAGGUGAAGGAGAACGAAGAGCGCGAGAAGGUUGAGCGCGAAGCUCGUGAGCGGACCACCCAUGCAUGA